AUGGCAAAGGUCUUCGACGCUGCAGAAGUUGCGAAGCACAACACGCCGGAGAGCUGCUGGGUGAUUCUAUACGGCAAGGUCUAUGAUGUCACCGAUUUUCUGUCAAGUCACCCCGGUGGUGCCAAGAUAAUUCUGAAGCUCUCAGGCAAGGAUGCCACCGAGGAAUAUGACCCUAUUCACCCUCCGGGUACUCUAGAGGAAGAACUCAAACCAGAGUCUUGCCUUGGAACAGUGGAUCCAAACACAUUACCCAAGGAUGAGACACCAGCAAAGCCCCAGGAGCCGGCGGCAGGACCCCCUCCUAUGCAAAAUCUCCUCAACCUAGACGAAAUCGAAGAAGUAGCCACGAAGCAAGUUAGCCAAAAAGCAUGGGCCUAUUACUAUUCGGCAUCGGACGACAAAUUCUCCAAGCGCUUUAACACCGAGGUCUACCGAUCUAUUCUUCUGCGGCCGAGAGUUUUUGUUGACUGCACCAAGUGCGACUUGGAUACAUCAGUGCUGGGACACAAAUUGGGAAUACCCAUCUAUGUGUCUCCCGCGGCCAUGGCCCGUCUCGGCCAUCCUUCCGGCGAAGCGGGUAUUGCGGAGGCAUGCCGAAGCUUCGGUGCCAUGCAAGUCAUUUCCAACAAUGCAUCAAUGACUCCAGAACAGAUUGUCAAAGAUGCAGCUCCAGACCAGGUCUUCGGCUGGCAGCUCUAUGUGCAGAUUGACCGAAAGAAAAGCGAGGCGAUGCUGGCACGUAUCAAGAAGCUCAAGGCUAUCAAGUUCAUUGUUCUUACUCUCGAUGCCCCCGUACCGGGUAAGCGUGAAGAGGAUGAGCGAAACAGUCUCGUGGGCGCCUCAGCACCCGUAUCAAGUGGCGUGAAGGCUGCUGAGCGCACGGCUGAUGACACUCCCGAUGUGAGUGGAUCGGGCGGAGCUGGGGGUGUUGGCCAGCAGCUGUUUGCCGGAACCGACCCGUCCUUGACAUGGCAGGAGACUCUGCCCUGGUUGGCCAAGCAUACCGAUCUGCCUAUUAUUCUCAAGGGUCUGCAAACCCAUGAGGAUGCAUACCUUGCCUCAUUGCACGCCCCGCAGGUUAGGGGAAUCAUCCUCUCUAACCAUGGUGGCCGGGCCUUGGAUACUGCCCCGCCAGCCGUGCACACUCUCUUGGAGAUUCGCAAAUACUGCCCCGAGGUCUUCGAUAAGCUCGAGGUCCACGUCGAUGGCGGUAUUCGUCGUGGCACAGACGUUGUGAAGGCGCUCUGCCUUGGAGCUAAGGCAGUUGGUCUUGGACGCCCUGCUCUGUGGGGUCUGGCAGCCGGUGGCCCUGACGGCGUUCGCAGGACAUUGCAGAUUCUUGUCGACGAAACCAAGACUUGCAUGCGCCUCCUCGGUGUGGAGACUGUGGAUGCGCUCGGUCCCCAACAUAUCAACACCCGAAUGGUCGAACAGCAGAUUUACGACGGUCCCUCUGCUCUCGGCUCUUUACGAAGUGCUUUCCGGGCGAAGCUUUAG